AGCAGCAUGGCCAAGAACAAGAACGCAAACCACAAAGGGCCGUACGGUUGCCAAAAGCUGAAAGAACGGGAACCCCGAGCUUCCAUCCGAUUCAAGUGUGCCCUCACCAACACCAUCUUAGAUGUCCUUCAACAGCGACCUGGAUGGGUGGAAGUCAAAGAUGAGGGCGAGUGGGAUUUUUACUGGUGUGACGUCCGUUGGCUCCAGGAGAACUUCGAUCACACCUACAUGGACGAGCACGUCCGCAUCAGCCACUUCCGCAACCAUUACGAGCUGACUCGGAAAAACUACACCGUGAAAAACCUGAAGCGCCUCCGGAAACAGCUGGAGAGGGAAUCCGGGAAGCUGGAGGCCACCAAGUGUGACUUCUUCCCCAAGACCUUCGAGAUGCCCUCCGAGUAUCACCUGUUUGUGGAGGAGUUUCGGAAGAACCCCGGCAUCACCUGGAUCAUGAAACCGGUUGCCCGGUCUCAAGGGAGGGGCAUUUUCCUCUUCCGGAAACUCAAGGAUGUGAUUGACUGGAGGAAGGAUGCCGUGCGCCCCGAUGAUCAGAAAGAUGACAUCCCAGUGGAGAAUUACGUGGCUCAGCGUUAUAUUGAGAACCCGUACUUAAUCGGUGGUCGGAAAUUCGACUUACGGGUCUACGUUUUGGUGACGUCGUAUCUCCCUCUCAAAGCGUGGCUGUACCGAGACGGUUUUGCUCGCUUCUCCAACACGCGCUUCACUCUGAACACCCUGGACGAUCAGUAUAUUCACCUGACCAAUCCAGACAGCAAGGCGAUAACCGACUGGCUUAGCGAGGGAAGUUCUGAUCCCGAUUGGCGUCGUAAGCCGAGGACUAUUUGUACUUUGGCUCAACGUGGGUGGCUGUUAGAGGUCAAUGCCUCGCCUUCUCUGACCGCUAGCAGCCUGGAAGACCAUGACCUCAAGACACGCCUCUUGGAAGACACACUGAACAUCGUGGACAUGGAAGCCCG